CGUGUCAUACAGAUACAGUAGCGGGGUGGUCGUCGGGAGAGAAUUGUGGGAUUCAGUUCUGUCCCUUUAGAAUUUAAUUAGUUGGACAUAUACAUAUAUAUAUAUAUUUAUAUAUACUGUUAUAUAUACAUACUUUUUUAUAUAACAGUAACUGGGAAGGAAGAAGAAGUUGGUUCUACUUUUUUGUCAAUUCGAGAUUAGAUUCUGAGAAAACAACCACUGCUUCGAUUCGCGAUGGAUAAACUCGUAUGACUAAAGAUCCCGGGUACUGAACUACUAGAAUACUAAGAACACCUACACAGUUAACUUCAAAAGGGAGGUUUUAGUAUAACGUCACAAGGAGCAAUAAAAAUAAUAUCAACUUCAGUGGUAUAUACGAUAAUUAUUACCUAUGUUAGAUUAACAUUAUUUCAUAGCAUAUUAACGAAUUUAAACUUUUGUGAGUGGAAAAAACAAUACUCGCUGCAACGAAAGGUAGGGAAGUACGGUUCAGGGAAGAAUACAAGACUGGAUCAUAGUGUUAAGCUUCAGACAAACAUAAAACAGGUAUACAAGUGGACACAGAUCUCAGGUACGUUUGACGACUGGAUAGAAAUAUCGUGCUGUAGUGAAACAUCUACGUCUUCGUCAACACCAACCAGCUAACUGUAUGAUUAUAUAUUCAUCUGGAUUAAAGACAGACAAAGACAGUAACUAUUUGUACAAUCGCUAAUCGCGGUGCAGUGUAACAACUAUGUCAUCGUAAAGAACAACUAUGUCAUCGCAAAGAACAACCAUCUAACUGUAUGAUUAUAUAUUCAUCUGGAUACAAGACCGACAAAGGCAAAUAACUACUUGUACAAUCGCUAAUCGUUGUGCAGUGUAACAGCUAUGUCAUCGUAAAGAACAACAGGCGAUCUGUGCAAUUAUAUAUUCAUCGGGAUAUAAAGAAGAGACAGACAAAGACAUUAACUAUUUCUACAAUAGCUAAUUGUGCCAAAGGAAUCAUCUGAAACCAACAAUAGUUACUAUUACUGUUACUUAAUCUGGAGGGAAAAGAAGAAGAAAAGGAAGAGAAAAAAUCUUAAUAUAAUAUAGCUACUGCUACUGUUAUUUAAUAUGUGAAAAAGAGAAAGAAACAAAACCAGUAUUUACUGCUACAGUUAUUUAAUCCGUCAAAAAAAAAGAGAAACAAACAAAACCAGUAUCUACUACUACUGUUAUUUAAUCCGUCAAAAAAGAGAAACAAAACCAGUAUCUACUGCUAAAGUCCUUAAAUCUGUGAAAAAGAGAAAGAAACAAAACCAGUAUCUACUGAAUACAGUUAUUAAACUGUGAAAAAGAGAAAGAAACAAAAGCAGUAUCUACUGCUACAGUUAUUUAAUCCGUACAAAAGAGAAAGAAAAAAACCCAGUAUCUACUGCUACUGUUAUUUAAUAUGUGAAAAAGAGAAAGAAACAAAACCAGUAUCUACUGCUACAGUUAUUUAAUCCGUGAAAAAAAGAAGAGAAAAAAAGAAGAGAAACAGACACAACCAGUAUCUACUGCUACUGUUAUUAAACUGUGAAAAAAAGAAAGAAACAAAACCAGUAUCUACUGUUACAGUUAUUUAAUCUGUAAAAAAAAAAGAGAAAGAAACAAAACCAGUAUCUACUGCUACAGUUAUUUAAUCCGUAAAAAAAAGAGAAACAAAACCAGUAUCUACUGCUACAGUUCUUUAAUCUGUGAAAAAGAGAAAGAAACAAAAGCAGUAUCUACUGCUACUGUUGUUAAACUGUGAAAAAGAGAAAGAAACAAAAGCAGUAUCUACUGCUACAGUUAUUUAAUCCGUACAAAAGAGAAAGAAACAAAACCAGUAUCUACUGCUACAGUUAUUUAAUCAGCUGAACAUGGAAUAGCUAUUACAACAUUUUCUUUGCCAAUAUGAAUCAUCUGCAAUAAACAAUAGCUACUACUGCAUUUACCAAAAUUAAACACCGCUAAGCGUAAUUGCUGACACGGUUUUCGAUUCUGCUCAAAGGUACUUAAAACAAACAAGAGUUACAGCUAGAGUUGCGUUCUGGACCCAAGACCUUCCUUAUAAGGACAGGGUGUCCAUUAACUAAUUACACAUCAACCUGACAUUAGGAUCAUUUACCUAAUUCUGUUGUGGCCUGUUUUCCCAAAGUGAAAAAGUCUCCGUGGUUUGGAUUGGUCUGUUUUUAAUCCCAGAUCCGUUUUAGUUGUUUGUAGAUCUUGUAAGAGUAUAGAGAUAUAAGCAUCGUUCAUAAUGACCUUUGCUAGACAUCCUAGACGUGUGGUCUAUAUCGCUGUUCUUCUUGUAGGGGUAACAUUCCUGUACUUCCGUUACUUUGCAAGCGGAAAUCGGAUCUUAUAUGGGUCUAGGGUCCACGCUAAAGGGAGCUACUUGAUCACUAGUGGCGAUACGGCAGCGGGACACCUUCCGGACAGGUCCAACAAAGAUUCCGGACCCGAUCAAACUCACAGUGAAAACGAAACCGUCGUCUUGGUCUGGAAAGACGAAACAUGGAAACGCGUAGAGCAUUUUUGUUCCAGAGACGACAAGUUUGAUCGGACGAUAUUCCACUCUCCUGCAGGAAACGUCUCAAUGUACAUCCAUGACGUUAAAAAUGACAUGUACGUGUCCAAUGAGCUCAAGAAACACGGAACCUGGGAGACGCCCAAUUUCAAGGUCUUCUUUGACCAUCUGACGUCGGAUCCGGAAAUUGGUUUGAUUGACCUCGGAGGUCAACUCGGAUCCUAUGCGCUGACGGCAGCGAAACUUGGAAGACAGGUAGUUUCAAUAGACCCUCUGGAACAGAACAUUCUUCGAUUCUGCAAGUCUGUGCAGGAAAACAAUUUUCAGGAUAAAAUUACUAUAUUUUAUUCGGCUGUUUCCGACAGUCGUCGGAAAGUCUCGUUCACUGGUCCGAAUAACCACAUCGCGGCAGUGAAAGUCCAGGAAAUUGACAGCAAGUCAAAUCUGGCCGGAAGUUACUCGAAGUUCAUGUCUCAGACCGUUCUUCUAGAUGAUCUUCUGCCGUAUAUACAUUUCAAGAAAGCCGUAAUUAAAAUCGACGUCGAGUCGCACGAGUACCAAGCACUGCGCGGAGGAUCCAAGCUCUUCGCAACGAUCGAUGUUCGGGCCAUCAUGAUGGAAUGGGUAAACGUGAAAAUGACUGGAUUUGCGCCGGCCUUGAUAGAAAUGCUAAGAGGUUAUGGGUUCAAACCUUACACAGUGUACAUUAGUGACAAUAACAGAAUACCAAGAGCAAACAGUUUGAACCCAGCAGUCUAUAUGGGAUGGCCAUUUGAUGUCCAGUUUUUAAAAAUGUGAAACCUGGCAUUAUUUGAAUUAAAGAGUGCUAGCUGUUGGGGUCGAGGUGGUUGUGAAUUAGAGGAUAAUUUUGUUACUA